AUGACCGACAAAGAGGUUACGCGGGCUCUUGCUUCAAUCGAUAAGACCACUGAAUGUCAAUCGAGGACCGCUGGCCCAUUUUCGGUCUUUCAGGUUCAGCCUGAGCACAGACAGGUUGAUCAACUGUCUGGCUCCUCGUUGCUCGGAAAAGAAGAAAAGCCACCCACUCAACGUGAUAUUGACUUCAGUCAGAGUGACGAUCUUCAACCUGCAGCAGAACAGCAUCCCACGUUUGAGAGUGAUGAUCCCCGAUGGAUGAGCCUGUCAUUGACCAAGGAUCUAAAUAUACUCUCUGGUGAGGACUCUUCUGUAGCGUUGAACGAGAGAAAUGUUCACGAAAUAGAAGAUGAAUCAGAAAACCCCACCGAAAGUGUGAGACCUCCAGGAUUUAUUCAUCCAAGAGAUCAUUUCGCCCAAGAUAUUGAGUCCUCUAUACCCCUUCGCCCCCCGAGGGCCCAUGAACUUCAAGCAUUGCAAAUAAAAGGUUCCAUGGACGUGAGGAUGUCAUUAAACACCCUUACUUACAGUUUUGGCUCUCCUCAGAUCAAAAAUUCUUCGGUUACAAUGCUCAUUCAUCACUAUACAAACAACAUUGUCCAUUUGAUGCAGCCUGUCUCGCACAAGGGAAAUCCCUUCCAAACGCUAUACCUUCCCCUUGCAAUUGAAGGAUCAAGUGACAUUGAAAUUGGCCAAGGCUCACGACGAGGAGUAUCUCCAGCAACAGUUGCUGUAUUCCACAGUCUCUUGUGCUCUGCAGCUACCAACCUCGAAGGCCUAGGGUCUAGGAAUACUAGACUUCAGCAGCUUGCAUACCGCCACAAAGAGCGGGCUCUAAAUGCACUGCGAAAUUCACUUGUCAGGAAGAUUGGUCGGUACAAAGACUUGAUGGUAGCCAUUUUGUCCUUGGUGUCUGUCGAUAUCCUCGAUGGUGGUGUGAACGAUCAUUGGAUUCAUUUAGAUGCAGCGAUCAAACUCCAAGCAUCACGACAACACACAAGCCUAGUCGGCCGAGAGGCCAGCCAGCUAGACAUGAUAUGCACCAUGCUUCGACUUUUUGCCCAGACUGCCCUUCCCUCGCCGGACCCGAUUCCAUGGAAUGAUAAUGCUGGCCCAGAUCGGACGGAUUAUGACUUUUCAGAUCCAAGCAUUGAAUACAUGUAUGGUAUCACGACGAAUCUUGCCAGGCUGAUAAAGCGAAUCUACGAAAUAACGCGGUAUCUUGCAUUUUACAAAGACAGAGAGGACCCCGCGACUCUCCUAGCCGCCUGUGAGGGUCUGGAGGAUGAUCUGAUUUCUUGGAAGAUUGAUUCCGAGCCAUUCUCAGCGAUAGGUACGGAGAGAGAGGAUGCAAAGCAGGUAGCUAGGGCACAGUCAAGGGCAUUCCACUCUGCUGCUUUGAUCUACUACUAUCGAUCUGUCCAGAACUGCGAGCGGAGAUAUCUCAGCGUGGAACAAGAAAAUAUACUCCUUGCCAUGAAUGAGGCUGAAGACCUGAAACUCUGUCUGAUUAAAGAUAGCUCUGUUCCAGCUCCACUCACAUGGCCGGCCUUUAUCGCAUCAUGCGAGGCGAUAGGCGAGUAUCGCCAGCGGUGGAAUGAGUGGUGGGUUCGAGUUGAGAAAUAUCGCCUGAAGAGCUUUUCGAAACAGCACAGUAUUGUGCAACAGGUUUGGAAAAAACUUGAUAGAUCGGAAUCACUCACCGAUUGGCGGGAUGCGCUUGUGGAAAUGAAUUUCAGAAUCAUUCCAGUGUAA